UCAGCAUUAUAUUCUUGCUGCCACAUGGAUUUCAAUCUUCUGACUGAUUCCGAGGCUCGCAGUCCGGCCUUGUCUCUCUCAGACUCUGGGACACCUCAGCAUGAUCACAGCUGCAAAGGGCAAGAGCACAGUGACACAGAAAAGUCCCAGCAGAACCAAACAGACGACUCCAAUCCUGAAGAUGGCACCCUAAAAAAGAAGCAGAGAAGGCAGAGAACACAUUUUACCAGCCAGCAACUUCAGGAGCUGGAGGCUACUUUCCAGAGGAACCGCUACCCAGAUAUGAGCACCCGAGAGGAGAUUGCAGUGUGGACCAACCUUACAGAAGCCAGAGUUAGGGUAUGGUUCAAGAAUCGUCGUGCUAAGUGGAGGAAGAGAGAGCGCAAUCAGCAGGCUGAGCUCUGCAAGAACAGCUUUGGGGCCCAGUUUAAUGGACUUAUGCAGCCUUAUGAUGAUAUGUAUUCUGGAUACUCCUAUAAUAACUGGGCGACAAAGGGUCUGGCUACUAGUCCCCUUUCUGCCAAAAGUUUUCAGUUUUUUAACUCUAUGAAUGUAAGUCCGUUGUCAUCACAGCCCAUGUUCUCACCACCCAACUCAAUUGCUUCUAUGACUAUGACUUCAUCUAUGGUACCUUCAGCAGUGACUGGAGUUCCUGGCUCUAGCCUUAAUAACUUGGGAAAUAUUAACAACCUGAACAGUCCCAGCCUCACUUCUGCUGUUUCAGCCAGUGCCUGCCCUUAUGCAUCCACAGCUAGCCCCUAUAUGUACAGGGACACUUGCAACUCAAGCCUGGCAAGCUUGAGACUUAAGGCAAAACAGCAUGCCAACUUCACUUACCCAGCAGUACAGACUCCAGCUUCUAACCUAAGCCCAUGUCAGUAUGCUGUGGAUCGGCCAGUAUGAAGGACCACAUGCCAAAGACUUCACAGUAGCCAUGAAUCAGAUGACCUGCUUUAAUUACAGUUGAUACCUUUUGGAAAAAAUAUAAGCAUACAAAGACCUCAAUUGAAAGCUGAAAACAAUUGAAAAUAUACACACCAGGCAAUAUGAAAACUUUCUCCUAGUCCAAAGAACAAACCUGUAUUCCAUUAAAAACUGCUCCACUUUCCAGAAGUUAUCCUGCACAAUCAGAGUGAAGCUCCUGUUGCUGAAAACAUCCAACCGGAAAUCUACAUUUCACAAUCCAAAGACGUAAAUAUGUAUAGGCUAUUUCAAGGCAAAGAAAAAAAUGUACUUAUUUAUCAAAUGGACAGUAUCAAUGAAAUGAAAUGAACAGACAUGCUGCAGAUAUAUGCAUGCCCAUUACACUGUAGCCCACGAAGAGAGGCCGUUGUAAUGCAGAUGAAUCGGAUGUAUAUAUUAUAUAUAUGUGUGUAUAUAUAUAUAUAUAUAUAUACAUAUAUAUAUAUAUAUAAAUAAUAUAUAGGACCUUUUUUUUGUUUUGUUUUGUAUGUGUAAUAAUCUAAAAAGCAGAAUUGAAAAGUAAGACAAAGCAUGCCCCCAAAAUGGUGCAGAUCCCAAUACCAUAAAUCUUCUUCUUUGAUCAUUUUCUAGCCUGUUUAGAAUUUAUUUGAACUUAUUAACUUUCGAAAUCAUCAUUUCUUUUUCAACAAAAACUCAUUUCCCUAUUCCUUUUUUUUCCAAUUCCCUUUUAAAGGCAAAAAAUAAAAUAAACGUUGGAGUAAGGUA